GGCAGUGGGGGGGCACAGAGGGACCCUCUUGUCUGUGGGCGGCGGAUCUUUGGUCAAACGUGAGCCGUCAUUGUUGCGUUUCGAACCCCGGAACGCGCGGCGGUUUGUUUCCAGAAAGUUCUCCAGAGAGAGCGUCAGGCCACGAGCGGAUUCUUUGGCCUCAAUUUGUGGUUCGUUUGAAGAGCGCGGUCCAAGGAUCAUGAGUUCCAGCUCAAAUCUGAAGGGAAAUGUUUCUACCACACAGGACUGCCUCAACAGCUUCAAUAUUUCCAAAGAGAAGCUACGGGAUAUCUCCAGGCGGUUGCUGUUGGAGAUGGAGAAGGGACUAAGAAAGGAAACACACAAUGACGCUACCCUAAAGAUGCUGCCAGCCUUCGUCAAGGCGAAACCUGAUGGCACUGAAAAAGGAGACUUCCUGGUAAUUCAAUUGUCUGGAGUCAAUUUCCGUACAUUGUGGGUGAGCGUGAAUGCCAGCAAAAAGGAACUACUUUUGAAGGAGGAGGCAUUUACACUACCAAAGAAAAUGCUGCACAGCUCAGGAGAAGAGUUCUUUGACUACAUCGCUGACUGUCUCGCCAUAUUCAUGGACAAUCAAAAUAUCAAGCACCAGAUCCUGUCACUGGGAUUUAUCUUCUCCUUUCCCUGCAGACAGACAAGAAUUGAUGAGGGGAUUCUGAUCAACUGGACAAAAGAUUUCCAUGUCAGUGGAGUUGAAGGCAAAGAUGUUGUUCAAUUCCUGCAAGAUGCCAUUCGACGUAGAGGGGAUUACGAAAUUGGUGCAGUGGCUGUACUCAAUGACACUGUCGGAACUAUGAUUAGCUGUGGCUAUGAAGAUCCGAACUGUGAGAUUGGAUUCAUUGUGGGGCCAGGUACAAGUGCUUGUUACAUGGAGGAGAUGCGGAAUGUCGAACUCAUUGAAGGCGACGAAGGACGGAUGUGCGUGAAUGUUGAGUGGGGGGGGUUCGGAUCGGAUGGCUCUUUGAAUGACAUCCGGACAGAGUUUGACUUGGAGCUGGACAGUUUAUCUCUAGCACCUGGAACUCAGAUAUUUGAGAAGAUGAUAAGUCAUAUGUACUUGGGUGAGAUUGUCCGCCUCAUUCUGGUGAAACUGUUGAAUGAGAAUGUUCUUUUCAGUGGAAAGGCAAAGCCAGUACUGGUGACCAGAUGGAAAUUUGAAAGCGAGUUGGUUUCUGAAAUUGAAAGUGAAAAAAGUGGACUUGAUAAAGUAAAGAACAUCCUGAAGGAUUUUGUGCAGGAUCCUAGUGAGUUGGAUUGUACCAAUGUCCAGCAGAUCUGCCGUGCUGUAUUCAAUCGCACUACUAACAUCUGCGCUGCUGGUCUUGCUGCAAUCUUGACCAGGAUAAAAAAAAACAGGAAUCUUUCUCGUCUCAAGAUCAGCAUCGGGGUGGGUGGAACUGUUUACAGAGAACAUCCCAAGUUCCAAAAAAUCCUGAAUGCUGCUAUUAAAUUGCUGACUCCAGAUGUUGAAUUCAAGUUUCUUCUCUCUGACGAUGGUAGUAGUAAAGGUGCGGCAUUGCUUACAGCUGUGGCCACCCGACUUGCUGCCCAGCGUUAUGAGAUCAACAAGAUCCUCAAUCCAUUCAAACUAACCCAUGAGAAGCUCACCAAUCUGAAGCAAAGGAUAAGGAAGGAGAUGGAAAUGGGUCUAAAGGCAGAAACCCACGAUAAGAGCUCGAUUGCUAUGUUGCCAACAUUUGUAAACCAUUUACCUAACGGUUCAGAGCAGGGCAACUUCCUGGCACUGGAAAUUGGAGAUUUUAUUCGCUUCUUACUGAUAAAGAUUUCCAAUCCAGACGAACGAGAAGCUGACACCAUAUCUCAGUCCUACAACAUUCCCACCGAUGUGCUCGAGAGCACUGGAGUGCAGCUUUUUGAUCAUGUUGUGGAGUGCAUCGCUGACUUUCUGCGAAAGAAUAAAAUUGAGGGAACUCUGCCGCUGGGAUUCACAUUCUCCUUCCCCUGUAAACAGACCAAACUGGAUGAGGGCUUUCUCAUAAAAUGGACCAAGGGACUGAAGAUAACAGGCUGUGAAGGGAAGAAUGUGGUGCUUCUGUUGCGAGAGGCCAUUUCUCGCAAAAAAGAACUUACUCGUAAACUGAAAGCAACACACAAACUACCUCCUACAUUUUCCCAGGAUAUUGAUUUGGAAAUUGUUGCUUUUGUAAAUGACACGGUUGGAACAAUGAUGGCUGGUGCUUUUAAAGACCCAAAGUGUGAAAUUGGCCUUGUUGUGGGAACCGGCACCAACGCAUGUUACAUGGAGGAGAUGAGGAACAUUGAGAUGGUGCUUGGCGAUGAAGGACGAAUGUGCAUCAAUACGGAGUGGGGAGCAUUUGGGGACAAUGGUUGUCUGGAAGACAUUGUCACAUCAUAUGACAAACAACUGGAUAAUUAUUCUCAGAACCCAGGACAACAAACGUAUGAAAAGCUGAUCAGUUCUAUGUACCUGGGUGAAAUUACCCGGACUAUUCUCAUCGAUUUGACUGAAAAAGGAAUCCUCUUCCAUGGCAAAAUCUCAGAACAGCUAAAUACAGAAAACAUAUUUAACGAAGUCAUUCUCGCACAGCUUGAAAGAGAUGACAUCGGACUGUUGCAAAUACGUUCAAUCCUUCAAAACCUUGGAUUGGAAAGCACGUGUGAUGACAGCAUGAUUGUGAAGGAGGUGUGUCUGACCACGUCUAAACGAGCAGCUAAUCUCUGUGGCGUUGGCAUUGCUAAUGUCGUGGAGAAAAUAAGAGAAAACCGAGGACUGGAAGAACUAAAAAUCACUGUCGGAGUGGAUGGCACUUUGUACAAGUUACACCCACAUUUUUCCAGAGUUGUGGAGGAAACAGUGAAGACACUUGCCCCAAAGUGUGUGGUUAAAUUCACGAUGAUAGAAAACGGAUCAUGCUUGGGUGCAGCUCUUGUUGCAGCAGUUAUGUGGCAACAACGAGAGCUAGGAUAACAGUCCGAAUGUGUCUGAGUUGAAAUUGGCACUGCAGGAAUUUGUAGUGCAAAAUCAGGCUAAUACUGUGAAUAAUUGGUGUCAGCUUCAGUGACUCUGCAGAAGAUGAUUGCAACAAGAGGUGUUAAUCUACCCUUACUGUUUCCUCAUGUGAGACCAGACGGACAAACGACUGUCUAGACCUCAUGGAUUUAUGGAUGAGCUCCUUGAAAUGUGCUCCCUGGUCAUAGGCUCCUCCGAAAUAAAUGACCUACAAAAUAUGCUCUCUGGAUAUUUGUUACUCAGACGUAGGCAGAAGGGAAUUUCUUCUCGGUUUGGGACAUUGCUGUGCAUAAAAUGGCUGGCACAUUUGCUUCCAGAUACACAGUAACUACAUUUGACAGCAAUUCCCUAUGAAACACUUCUAAAUAUUACAAAAUAGCACCGCAUCAAAUAUGAAUGAUUAUUUAGCAAGACAUUUGCUCCCUGAAGAUAAUAAUAAUAAUCCUUGCAUUUGACAGUGUGAAGUCCUAUAG